GGAGAGAAGGUCGCUCAGAGUUCCCAUAGGAACGAAUAUUUUGAGCCGAGAAGCGCUUAACCAAAACGACGCUACUGUGAGGGCUGACUAUCGGAAGGAAGGAAACAUUUAUCGUAUACAUAAUGCACAGCUGGACACGAAGGUUGUUGUGCAAAGUAACCUAUUGCUAAACGUACAUGCAUGUCGUGGUAUUUAUACUUGGCACGAAUGCUGUUUACAGAUAGAGUGAAGGGUGGGGCAUUGAUUUCAACGGGGUUGACCAUAUUAUCCGUGUACUCGUUCCUGAUCUUCGCUGUGCCAUUCUUCGAACAAAAUCACCCAUUACGUUCUUAUGUUCCCGGGCCGUUGUAUCUCUUCGGUAUUCCCGCGCUCAUCUUCAGCUUUAGCUUUGUAUACGCGACUUUCUUCGUCGGUUACUGUCUGAACAGGGGUGAGACACCGUUUUAACCGUUAGCAAUGGUGGAUCAGAAAAAUAGAGUGGAGGCUACGUUAGAGACGUUUACUCGUGAGGUUCGACUGGACCACCUGAAAAGGCCGCUCAUCAUCAGUCAGCAGUCACCGAGUGACGUCGGUGGCGUCGUCUGGGAUGGUGCGCUCGUUCUAGCAAACUUCAUCUCUAAGUUUAAGGAAGAUUUUAUGCGUGAUGUGACGGUCGUAGAGUUGGGAACGGGCACGGGGCUCGUUGGCCUGACAUGCGCCACGUUUCCAGCUAAGAAGGUGAUUCUUACCGAUUUUGCCAAAUUUAAGGAACUUGUUGAGAAGAAUAUCAAUGAAAAUAGAGAGUUACUACGUGCCCCAUGCCAGUUUGCAACACUUGACUGGAAUCACCCAGAGGAACUAGUCCUAGAUGAAAAGCCAAAGGUGGUAAUUGCAUCUGAGUGCAUCUAUUACGGUGACGCUAUUCAGCCUCUCGUUAACACGUUAAAUUAUAUCAGUGGACCAAAUACUAGAAUUUUCAUCUCGUUUGAGUUUCGGCCGCAGAAAACACACGUCGACGCAAUGAAGGAGUUUCUGUCAUUGUGUAGAAAAAAAUUUGUUGUCAAAGAGGUUCCGCUUGAGGAACAACAUGAAGAUUAUCGCAGUGAUGAUAUUAAGAUACUUUUACUAACAAAGAUAUGUAGUGAUUGAUUCAAUUAAUAAUAAUUUACUGGAAUGCUUUUUGUAAUGAAUAAACCUUUAUUUGGAUA